AAGUGGCAACGUAUCACAUGAUACGAUGUAGCGGAGAGGCGAGAUCACACUGCGGAGUGCAGACAGGCUGGAAACAAAUGUAACAAGCGAGCGUCAACACCAACGGCUGUCUCUUUCCCACCAAAUUAAUUGUCAUCAAACGUCGUAGAAAGCUCGUAGAGGAAGGCCCAGGCGCGGCCGUGGAGUGGUUCAGUACAAGGGUGUGUUGUGUUACCACCACCACCCGUGCCUCUCCUACCCCUGGAGAAGGCCAGCAGGAUCAGGAUGUCGGAGGCUAGAGAGCGUAGCCCCCGCCACCAGAGACCCUGGUCAGUGUACCGGGCCAACACCUUUGACCUCUCCUCUGAGAUGAUCGGCCUGGCACUCGCAGGGAACAGCCAGGAUCCAGAUGAGCCUGUUCUAGAGUUCAGUGUGGCCUGUAAUGAGUUGGUGACCCCAGCUCUGGAGCGGAAACCCAACAGCUUUGUGGCAGUGAGCUGCACCACCCCUCCCCAGGCCUUCUGGACCAAACACACCCAGACGGAGAUCAUCGAGGGCACCAAUAACCCUAUAUUCCUGAGCAGCAUAGCCUUCUUCCAGGACUCUCUGAUCAACCAGCAGACGCAGGUCAAGCUGUCUGUGUACGAUGUCAAGGACCGCUCUCAGGGCACGAUGUAUUUAUUGGGCUCAGCUCUGUUUCCUGUGAAGGAGUUGCUGCAGGAGAAGAACCACAGGUUACACCUGACCCUGAGAUCUGCAGAGAACAAGCAUGUGGGGAACAUCACCAUCAUUGCCUGGCAGAUAGAGGAGAAGAGGGACCAGAGGACUCUGCCUGUUGCCAGGUUACCAGACGCCAUCAACGGCAGGACCGUGCUUCCGGUGGAUGAGAGCCUGACAGAAUCCAUGGGUGUCAGAGCCAAAUAUGCAUCUUUAUGCAAAGACACCCUGCUGACAUCAGUGUUUGGAGGCACCAUGUCCAGAAUGUAUCGUUUCCCCACCACAGACGGUCACCACCUGCGGGUGCUAGAACAGAUGGCUGAAAGUGUGUUGUCUCUCAACAUCCCCAGACAGUAUGUCAAACUACUGCUGGAGGAGGACGCUGUCAGGGUUUGUGAGCUGGAGGAGCUGGGGGAGUUGUCACCAUGCUGGGAGAACCUACGACGACAGAUAGUCACUCAGUACCAGACCAUCAUCCUCGCGUACCAGGAGACUCUCUCUGACCUCACCAACUACAAGGGUCCGUCGUUCAAGGCCAGUAACCUGAAGGCAGAGAGGAAGCUGGAGUUCAUACCCACCAACCUUCAUGUCCAGAGGAUGAGGGUGCAGGAUGAGUCUGGCUUUGACCACACGUAUGACGUGGUGACUAUCGGGGCUCCCGCCGCCCACUACCAGGGCUUCAAGAACAGCGGCCUGCGCAAGCAAAUCACCAAGUUCGAGGAGGCCAAGAAACACGUUUAUGAGGAAGAAUGCAGUGCCCUGUCCAGCUGUCAGUCUAUAGUGUACAUCCCCCAGGACAUUGUCCGGGCCAAGGAGAUCAUCUCCCACAUCAACACCCUGAAGACCCAGGUCAGCUACUAUGCUGAGAGGCUGUCCCGGGCCGCCAAGGACCGCUCUGCCAACGGUCUGGAGAGGACCCUCGCCAUCCUGGCUGAUAAGACUCGCCAGCUGGUGACGGAGUGCGACUGCAAACUGCUGGCCUCGGCCAUCCAGGCGCUGAACGCGGCACGCCCCGAGUACAUCGCCUCCAAGGCGUCACCCUCCGCCGACGCCAGCGAUCAAGUGGUCCUGCGCAACGACCGGGACACGCUGCUGGCCAAGUGGAGCGGAUGCAACAGCCGCUCCUCACUGCACGUCGACUGGCACGAGGAGGAGUGGGAGAAGGUGUGGGUAAAUGUAGACAAGAGUCUGGAGUGUAUCAUCCAGCGGGUGGACAAACUCCUUCAGAAGGACCGUCUGCCUGGCGACAGCAGCCAGGGGGACACUACCCCAGGCCACCAGCAGGGCGGCAGCAGUAAGAAAGGUAACCAGAGUACCAGGGCAUUCUGGAUCAACCCCGAAUGCAUGACCCAGGAGGAGCCUUCAUCAUCACUACCUUCCUCCCCAUCAUCAUCCUCCCUCCUGCCUGCUCUCACCCUGAAUCUGACUCAUGCAUGCCCACCCAGCCCUGACAAAAACCCAUAUGGCAGCCCCAGUGGCGAGGAGGCUUUCCCAGGGGAGUGGAGCGAGGCCCUGUACCCUCUCCUCACCACACUGACAGAGUGUGUGGCUAUGAUGAGUGACAAGGCUAAGAGCUCCAUGGUGUUCCUGUUGAUGCAGGACAGCGCUCCUACCAUCGCCAUGGACCUCUCCCUGCAGUACAGACGAGACGUGGUCUUCUGCCAGACGCUCACUGCCCUCAUCUGUGGCUUCAUCAUCAAGCUGAGGAACUGUCUCCGUGACGAUGGCUUCCUCAGGCAGCUCUACACCAUCGGCCUGCUGGCCCAGUUUGAGUCUCUGCUCAGCACCUACGGCGAGGAGCUGUCCAUGUUGGAGGACAUGUCGGUUGGCAUCAUGGACCUACGGAACGUUACCUUCAAGGUGACCCAGGCAACCUCCAGCUCCUCCCCCGACAUGCUGCCAGUCAUCACUGGCAACCGGGACGGCUUCAACGUCCGCAUCCCGUUGCCGGAGACCAUGUUUGACGCGUUGCCGCGGGAGAUCCAGAACGGCAUGCUGCUGCGCGUCCAGCCAGUGCUCUUCAACGUGGGAAUCAACGAACAGCAGACGCUGGCAGAGAAGUUUGGAGACACGUCUCUGCAGGAGAUCAUUAACCUAGAGAGUCUGGCCAGACUCAACUCCUACUAUCAACAGUUCAAGGAGGUCCUCCCUGAGGACUGCCUGCCCAGGUCCCGUUCCCAGACGUGUCUACCAGAGCUGCUGAGGUUCCUGGGACAGAACGUCCACGCCAGGAAGAACAAGAACGUAGACAUCCUGUGGCAGGCAGCCGAGAUCUGUCGUCGUCUGAACGGUGUGCGUUUCACCAGCUGUAAGAGUGCUAAGGACCGCACGGCCAUGUCCGUCACCCUGGAGCAGUGUCUGAUCCUACAGCACGAACAUGGCAUGGCCCCACAGGUCUUCUCCCAGGCCCUCGACUGCAUGCGCAGCAUUGGGACCAGGGAGGGGGUCACCCAGAAGAACCUGAGUGGCCUGUUGCCUGUGCGGGAUUUCAGGCUGGACCCCAGCCUGCUGUACUCCCUGCCCCUGCUGGCCCUCAGCCCCAACCUGCUGGUCGUCUGGCUGUUCCUCAGCGUCGCCUACUUCCUGGCCAAGCUCCGCUGCAGCUGAAGGCACAGCCCCUCUGCCACCCAGCCCCACCUACUCUCGACCUCUACUCACCUCUUCUCUCUGCCCGUUCCCCCCAGUGUGUCAGUCAGUCGGUCAGGAAGAAAGGCAAAAAGUUAGUUUGUCAGUCAAGGAGGAAGACAGGGAGUCAGUCAGUCGCUCUGUCAGUCUGUCUGGAGCUCAGCCGGGAGAACCCUCUGAUUGGCAGAGGGCAGACCGUGUGUACCUGACUGGACUUUAUGUGCGUCACUCAGCUAAACUGCCAACUGUUCCACCUAAUGGGCAGCCAGCACUCCUCCCGCCCUGCUCUCUGUCCUAACCAAUCCAGUCAGAGCAGGAGGCUGGUCUAAAGGUCUAUGUGCAGUACUGUAUGAGACUGUUACUGUCAGUGUUCUGACAUAUUUCUCAGUUUAACACCCAUUGUUUUACAACAAUCAAAAACAAACUGAGAGUAUGGAGAGAAACUUUGUGAAAUAUAGCCGGUCAGAAGUUUUAGCUGAAUUUAUUGGAAGUUUUGUCCCAGUUGUCCUUGAGUAUUUAUAAUGCCGCUUCCCAACUCAUGACAUGAUUAUAACCAUGCUAUUAUGAUAAUAUGAUGUCAUGGAUCCUUUGGUUUUGCACAGAGCUUAUUUUCAGUCAUGCAAAUGUUCUGGCUUGCUUGACGUUUACGUCUUCCAUAAGGUUUGCAUACAGCAUAAGCCAAGGGAUAGCUUGGCCAUGCAAUAUCAAGCUGAUGUUUUGAUCUGGUGGCCAUUUUGUUGUUCCUCAGGCCUUCCUACUCUUACAGCAGGAGACUUGUGUCCGCUUUCACUUUAAAUCAAUGCACUUUUGUAUCAACGUUGUCAUCUUAAUGAAGGUUAUUCGCUUGUCUUGCCAAUUGACACAGUUUCAUCUUGGUUGGAGCAAUUUGAAUUGGCUAAAUCUGGGAAUUUAUGAAAUUUCAGGGGAGCUUUGUUGGCUUGUUUGAUUAUGCAGUGUAGUUUUUCCAAAGUGUUUAUUUUUUAGUUGAUAUAAGAUUUCAUGCCUGUACCAAGUUUCCUAUUUACUAUAGAGUUUGUAUAUAUGAAUUGGUUCUUUGUUUGAGAACCUAUAUGGGUUGCAGUUCUAGGGAAAUGACAGAGAAGAUGAAGAGAAUGUACAUGGGCGAACCUCAAAUGGCUCCCUACCACCAAAUGAUGCACUACCUCUGACCAGUAGUGCACUAAAUAUAGGGGAUGAUUUGAGACACAGCCCAUGCUUGUUGUGCCAAAUGUUUUAGCCAGGUCUCAGAUGGUAGAUACAGGUCUUGGAUCUUUAUUCCAGGUCAAAGUAUUACUUCCAGAUCUCCCAGCAGCCCAAAUCCAUCCCGCUUCCACAGAUAAGUGCCCUAGAAAGGGAGAUUUGGUAUCAGACUCUUUGGGUUACUUCCAAGCCUUGCACUCUGGACUUCCUGGUCUCUGCCGAGAGAGUCCACACACCAUUAUCAUAUACAGUAGUUGCUAUCUAGUCCCAUAAAAUAUCCCAUAAAAACAUGAUUAGCCAUCUAAUGGUAUAUGCACUCAUUAAUAUGUAGACUAGUGGUAUUAUCGUUUUCCAGCCCCAUAGCCUCUCUCCAUUUGAAUCAGUAUAAUACCUGUCUUCAGUGCUGUGUUACGUCCCAAGACGGCCACACUCAAUCCAAUCUAAAGUGACCUACUAAAGAAAUGGACCAUCCGUCCCAAAAUAGCCUCCUCUGUGAGAUUGUCACGCUUGUAUUAUAUCCCCUCCACCCCUCAUUUCCAACUCCUCGACCCCCACAAUGGAAAACUGGAGGGAUUCUUUUGUCCUUGUUGGUUGAGCUUUAUGCAAGCUUUUUAUAGGCCUCUCACCUGUGUGACUGGUAUGAGCUAGGCUGGGUUUAAUGGUGUAUUUAGGUUAGUUCAUUGGUUUGGUUUUGAAUAUUCAGAGGUUUAUUAUUUUUACUGAUUUUGUGCAAUGUUACUGUUUUACAUUAUCGACAAAUACGUACAUGCAGUAUUUAUUUCUCAGUAUUCUACAGUAUUUACUUUUUCAAUCUUGUAAAUCCAUAUUGUAAAUAAUAGAAAUGUAUAAAAUCAGAUCAUCUAUUGAUAAGUAUGCUGGUGUAGAACUACCUCUUGUCCCAUGAAAACACCAUCUGACUGUCAGCCAG